AAGGGGGAGAGCACGGAGCAGCCAUGUUGAAUGGGGGAGGAGAAGGAUGGGGGGGAUCCAACAGGAGGCCGGCGGAUGGAUGGCGGCCACGAAGAGGGGGUGAAACUUCACUGAUAGGUCCGACUGCAGUGAGAGCGCCAGCAGCAGUGGCAGCAGGAGCGCAGGCACGGGCAGGAGGGGGAGCGGAGGUACCACUGAGUGUGGCGACGGGGGGGAUGCGCGGACAGAAUGGCGGUGGAGCAGUGGCUGGCAGGGGGGAUGGGGGGGCAGCAGUGGUAGCUGUGCAGGUGUUGGCUGGGGAGAGGGCGUUUGUGCCACUCGAUCCGUCCCUCACGGGUUCCAUAGUGAGUGUGAUUGCAAUUGGAUGGAUAAUCUGGAAGCCGUCGAGUCCGCCGAACAAGCGCGCGAGGCUGCGCGAGUUCAAGCACUGCAUUCCCCACGACGGGCACGAGUGGCUCAAGUACGGCCAGAAGGACAUCUCAGGCGGCCGCUUCUCACGGCAUUAUUUCCGCUGCAGCCACUCCGACAACGGCGGACGCCGCUGCCCUGCGCGCCGAGUGGUCGACGUGCACACGCUUUUCGGCCAGCCUGGCGCCUCUGACAUUGCUCCACGUGUCAUCUACUCGGGCAAGCACAACCACGCGCAGCCUGCCUCUCGCACCCCCUCCGAGAACGAGUCUCUGUUAACGAAUCCCACAUUCCCUACAGAGCGCGCCAAUCUCACUGCUACUGGUAGUAUGCGGGAGCAGCUUGCAAUCACAGGUCACAUGUUCCCGCUCCCGCGUGCACAGCUGCAGCAUUCUCCAUGCUCUGAGAAGCGGCAGCACCAUGCGACCACACUCGACCUAUCUGUGAUUUGCAGCGGCUUGGCGAAGGAAGAUGGCGAGAGGUGUGACAACUCGUGCCCGCUCACACCCACCACGCCCAGCUCGCCACCACCGCUGUCCCCGCCACUGUCCGCCCCGCUGUCUCCGCAGUCGUCCCCAGCGCCUUCCACGCCGGUUUCCCCGCGGACUCCCCUUUGGCUCUGGGCGGUAUCAUCCAGCAGUGUGAUCCCGCCAUCACCAGGAGCAGCGGCGGAGGAGGCUGAGCAGGAAACUGGGGAGCUGCAUACGGGCUUGGCUAACGGAAAACGAAAGUGGUCAAUGCUGGUGAACGAGGCUGCUGCUGAUGACAUGUCACGAGCAGAUGUCAACUUGAAAGGGUGUCAAGGAUUCCAAUGCUCUGCAGCAGGCGGAUGCGUUUCAGCCAAGGGCUCGUGUGAUCGAACCUCCUCAGAUUUGGCCAAUCACGGUGGAGGAGUUGCUCCUUCAGCUGGCAGGGAGGGGUUGGUGAUUGCGGAGGAUGAGACAGGGGUGAUUCAGGUGGUGAUGAGUGACGAGAUUCCGCGGCGGCAGGAAAAGCAAGCAGACGAUUUUCGCAGCAAUGAUCCGGAGAUUCUCCUGGAUCGACGGGUUCCGGAGCUCUCGGAGAUUCCUUCUCGGUCUAAAAGGAAUGUGUCAGCUGGAGGAUCGGAGGGAACGACUGUGCUUGACGAAUGGUUUAGUGAAAUGGGUGCUGCUGAUGGUUCAUGUGGCCGUACUAGCAAGGACAAUAAGUGGGAUCUGGCAGGAAUAGAAACGGAUCUGCGCCUUUACAUGAUUUCCUUGAUGUCGCAUGACUUUCCCGUCCCAGGCGACGUGAAACCAGAGGAACCACAAAAGGCCGUUCAGGCGACUCAGGCGACGCAAGCGACUGCGCCAGAACAGUCGGCUCAGGCAAAUGCUUCGUCGAAUGGGGGAGCUGGCGGAGGAGGAGGGGGAAAGAAGAAGAACAAGAAAAAGGCAUCCUCUGAAGCCGUCGCUCCCGCAACUGCCACACCACAAGCCUCAGCAGAUGCUGAUUCGUCAGCUUCAGCUGCAUCCCAGCCCAAGGAUGGAGGGGAGGUCAUGCUGGCAGCUGCAGCAGCAGUAGUCGCUGCGGCCGCCGUCUCUGUUGCUCCCGAGCCAACCCCUGAGCCGUCACCAGAGCCUGCACCUUCAGCCCCUGAACCUGCACCAGCAGUCCCCUGA